CUUACACGAAGGUGAUGAUGCAAACAAGACCUCACGUCAGGCACAUGAUGAAGACAUACGGCCAGGCGGGUUCAGCUGUGCAAAUCUCAUGUAGAACUCAUCUUUUUCACGAUUUCCAGACUCACAAAAAACACAGGCGACAAUGAGUACAUUCUGUGAACCAAAUCAGAACAUCCGGGGAUACGAGCCUGGCGCAAUCGACGCCAAGGGUUGCGUGACGACCGACAUUGUGAUUGCCGACCUGGGUGUCCCCCUACAGGCCCUCAUCGAUUCUCAAUAUGUCGACAGUCAGGCCAUGUCCCAGAGACCAGGGAUGAUCCUCAAAUAUCUCCCCUAUCUAUACGACGGAAUCACCGGAAAGCUACUCACAGGCGGGCUGUACCUGUUCGACACGUACGAGAAUGCAAAGGACUAUGUGCGCUGGGCAAGCGAGGAAUUCGAAGUCGGCGAGCCCAAGGUCAAGUUCACUGCGCAGCCCAUGUUCAGGUCCUUCACGAGCCAGGUAUGGAAGGUGAUUGGGGCGCACAGCUUCGCGCCCGUCGAGGAGCAUGCAGUGGGAAGGCUGCAGACCUGGUCCUGCUCCGAGCCCGAUGCCGAACUCAAGCUCCAGUCGCUGUACGCAAAGGUGAAGAGCGCCGCAGAGAGUGGAAACGCUGCGUCCGUGUGGCUUCUCUACGAUCCCGGCACGAAGAAAGUCGGAUUGCAGCUGGCGUUUAGGAAACAAGGCGUAGCCGAGCCUGCAGCGGCAGCACGAGAUCUCCGCGAUGCAGGCUGGACCGCUUUGGGGGAUGCCUUGUCACAGCAGCUCCAUCUGAAACCCUUGUUUGACAGGACGAGCGUGCUGCUGACGUUGUGGUUGCCCCGGUCGAGGGCGGCGGGUGGCUCGGAACUGGCGAUCCCUUACUAUCCCGUUGUUCCCGACAUCAGCUAUGAAUACUUCAGAGGCGCCACACACUAGGAAAAGGUGGGAGGUUACAGGGUCUCGUGACUCCGGA